UAGGUCGCCCGACGUUUGGUUCAGGACGCGCCCUUUCGACAUCCGCGCGCGAAUUAUCGUACGAGAGAAUUAUGGUAAUGCCGAAUUUCUCUCCCGAACUCCGACGAUCGUCGCGUUUCCGCCCGCCAUUGCCGUGGGGAACUUAUUCGACAAGUUGGCAUUCAUAGAAUUUCGUUCAAGGAAGAGCGUUUGUGUGUUUGAACUAUCGACCGAUGAAUGUAUAUCGCGCGCUCGUUGCCGAGUAACGCUCGGGGAUGCUCCCGAUACUUCGUUAUUGUCGAAAUGUACCUUCUCUCUCGAACAAUUGUUACAGAAUAACCUUUAUUGUGUUCGUACGUACUCUUCGCGUCUCUAAUUGGACUAAUUAUUAUUAGACAUGUCGCAUAAAUGUUCGUAUAAAUUGAUUUGUUGUGACUGAAUAGUCGCGAUACCGCAAAAACAUCGGUAUUUUCGAGCGCGCUUGAAAAAAUUUCACAAGUCUACUCGUGUCGGAUUAUAUAUAUGUAUAAUAUAAUCUUAAUUAAUAUAUGAUCUAUUUUUAUAUAUGUGUGUGUGUGUGCGAAUCUAUGAUUGCGAUCUUUUCUCUCGUCAAAAAUAAAAAUAACGACACUGUGCGAAAGUAAAGCGUCUCCAUCCAUUUGGAAACGUCAAAAUUUACCAGUCUUCUUUAGUAAUGUGACAGAUAUAAACGAUACGAGUAGACGAGUGUUUUACUUCUGUUUUUGUUCUAUUACAUAUUAAAAAAUCAUGUCCUUUUAGAUUUAAACGUCCCUAAUAGCGCAACGCGCGCAGAAAUUUCGACGACCAACGAUUCUGCGGACCAAACGAUCGUCUGUGAUAUUUCGACGAAAAUCUCGUCGAAUACUUUCACGAGGAGACACAACGCGUCGAAGCGCGCGACUUCGCUGAAGGUAAGUUGGACAAUUAAUCCGAAUCAUUUGCGAUCGAUCAUCAGCACUCGACAUUAUUGACACGAACUGCGCUGAGAAUGAUUGAACUCCAAUAUAAGAAGCGUGAGCAAUCGAUCAUAGUUAAUAUUUCGUAAUAAUUUAUUCCGAAGAAAUAUAUAUAUAUAUGAAUAAAAUUAAUAGACGGUAGAGAGAGAGAAAUAUGGUGGAAGAUUGAAUUUCAGUGAAAUUAACAGUUUUGAUUACUAAACGUGACUCUGAAUAAUUUAUUGAACUUAUUUUGUUAUCAAUAUUACCAUUAAUUAUGAAUAAUAAUAAUACUUGUUCACUUGUGGAUAUAAAAGUAAUGUUAUUGAUUUCGGGAUAAAAAUCGUUAAAUUCCAAAGCAGGAAGAAAGGAGGAAGAUGUGACAAAAACUAUGACCGAAAUAAUUAACUUCUAUUCUGCUUGUUGUGACGCGAUGUGUCAUGCGAUCGAUAUAUACUUUUUGGGCGGUUGUAAAAAUUUAAUGGAGAGCACUUUCUCGUAGAGUCGUCGCGUUAACAGGAUUUCGUUUUAAAUACAGUUACACGUUCGUGUCGUUCUUAGUGUCUUUCGCGUCACAGGGACAAGAGACGCGCGAAAGACAGCGAGAGCGACAGAUCGUCACGAAGAAAAACGCUAAUUCGAUCGCCUCUGAUGCUCUCAGGAUUGAAGAUACUUUUCUUCCCGAAGUCAUAUAUCACAUUUCUCUCCGUGAAUAACGGAACUCGAAGAGCGCGCGACCUCGAUAUUUCACAUUGCAAAACAUUCUGUACGCGCUGACAAACGAUCGGACGUUGAAGAGCGACGCGUUUAUUCGCUCCGCUAUCGAUUCGGAAUCGCGAGAGCGGUAUUAAUAGCGGCGAUCCCGCCCUUAAUAAUGCAUCCCGGUGUAUCUACCGCGACGUUGAUUCCCAAUUUUGUUUCGAUUCAAAUGAGAGAACGAUGGAAUGGAAGGUCAGUGGAAGAAAAAAGUCGAGAUCCCAGUAAGGGUCAUUAAAAGGGACGAUUCAUCGGCGAAACGUUCCGACGAGUUAAUUAAAGGUUUUUCCUCCUAUCUUUCAUCGUUUUUCCUUCGCCCGCGUAAACGCUGACAAUUACAACGAAGUUAGAAGGCGUAAUGUUCUUUUUCUUCUCUCUCUUUCUCUCUCUUUCUUUCUCUCUAUCGUUGAAACGGAAAUGAAGCCUCUCCACCUCGGCGAAGAACGACGAAUGAAUUAAUUAAAUAUCUGAAUACCUUCGAAUCUGAUUCUUAAAAUAAUCCAGUACGGGUACGGUUUGAAUUAUCACGAGUUAUCGCAUCAAGCGAUAUUCCGCCUCAAAUAUCUCGUUGCAUUUCCGAAGGAUGAACAAACAGCCGCGCCGCUCCAACUUUUUAAUCGUACUUCGAACGAAGCUCAUGAAAGAUGGAGCGAUAUCCGAUUAUAUGGAAAAAUUCCUGCAACCGAAUGGGAGCCAGAUGAAAACUCGGUGACAAGAAAUAUCUUUGUUACCGUGACUGUGAGCACGCUCGUGUGAACAUUCAGCUGAUUGAAAAUUCGCUUGAGACAACUGAAAGCAAUAGACUGAGCAGGAACUUUCUACAGGAAUCUUCCUGUUCCUACAACCGAGUUUCCGUCUGAUAAAGUCAGAAACGAAAAGUCGAAUUGACGUCGAUCGUACCAGUCUAUCGACAGUCGAAAUUUACAGUUCGAUUCAGCCUAAAUUUCCACCAGUCGAUAUUAGUUACUAUAAUUGCAAAAUAUUAUUUGCAACAAAACUGCGUUGAUGCAAACUAGAUAAAACAAACUAAUGUUAGAUUUUGUUUAAGUAAAAAAAGACUGCCAUUUUAUUGUUUGCAUCUUCUCAUCUCCUAAUGAAUUCUUUCGUGGUUUCGGUCUUGUAGUGGUUAUCCAUCCUUUAUCUAACCGUGAAUAAUGUUGCUUCACUUCUACGACCUAACAAGAACUUUUGAUAUUAAUGUACCCUGAUGAUAUUUUGAGGCGUUAUACUUAUACCCCUCACAGGAAAUAUUACUGGCUGUGAUAAAUUGGCCAAUGAGAAAUUACUGUUGCUCAGUAGUUUUAUUAGUACGUACGAAUAAUAAAGCUACUGAGCAACGAUAAUUUGUCACUGGCCAAUUUAUCAUAGCCGGUAAUAUUUUUCUGUAAAGGUAAUGUAUUUUUAUAUCUUUCAAGAAAUACUGUAAUGACAUAAUGUUGACAAAUGUUGGAAAUAACGCAAACACAAUCAUAUGGAGCGGAAAUUAAUGUAAUGACAACUUAACACAAUGACGUCGACGAUUACCUAUAUUGUGACUCUUACCUAUCUUGCCUAUAUUCUUGUAAUUCUCUCCUGUUGUUACAACCGAUUAGAGCUUUCUUCAACUUCUUUGUGACUUGAAAUAAAUUUUUUUACAUAAAUUUUUUUUAAUUGUUCAAUUUAUAUGAAAACAAUCUUUGUUGUAAGAUCGAAAAUGAUAAAAAUAUCGACUGUUCGACAUCGACCAUUCAUUGACGCAUCGAUGUUGAUUCAAUUCCUCAUUUCUGGCUGAAAAGUCCUUGCCUUUGUCGGUUUCAAGACCUAUCCAGUAAACACCAACUGACAGUAACAUAACACAUCAAUAUUAUAAUUUUCCACUCAACAAUAUAAAUGCAAUGUAGCGCGUAUGUUAUGAAACAAUUACCUUGUUGAAUAGGAAAUUAUAACAUUGAUGUUACCUUAUUGAUAGGUGAUGUUUACCGGAUAAUUUCCAGAAGCGUUAGUCCUCAAACAUCUUAAAAAAUAGUUAUUUGCAAAUAGGAAAUAUGUAAUAAUUUUCAUGAGACUAUUAUAUAUUUUGAUAUAAAACCGUCGCUUUAGUUUAGUUUUAGUUGCACCCAUGCACAUUAAUUUUCAUCUUACACCUUCAACCGGGCUUCAGAGCCGAAAACAAGAUAAUACGUCGGUUUUGCUGUUUCUCUUCCAUCUUCAUGCAUCAACUCGAACGUCUCGAGGACAUUGUCGGAAUAGCUGAAAAAUAACAAAUUUCAACGAGCCUCGUUCGCGAGGCCACGAGGAAGCGGGUUGUCCUAAAACGAACACGAACGACUGAGAAGGGAUUUCAGACUCGCCAAGGGGACCAAGCCGUAACUGAACCACCUUCGCCGUUCGAGCCUGAAACGAACGAAGGACAGCCGCGCGAUGUUCAACCUCUACCAGAGCCUGAACAAGAAGGACGAGAGCGACGGGCAGAGAGGCCGCGAGUCGGAGGUGACCGGUCAUGACCGAUUCUGCCAACACCGCAGCGGCCACUCGAGCAGCCGUCGGCGACGUCGCGCCGUCAAUCGCAGAACUCAGAGCGCCACUGAACUGAACGCCAGGGCGAUGAUGUCGGCACGGGGCUCCCUGCGACGCGGCCGCAGCGUAAGCACCGAGGACGACGAGAGCGAAGACGACAAGGGCCAUCAGCUGGCGAACAAGCUCGACAACUUGGCGAAGCUGCUCUUCAGCCGUGUGUCGGCGGCGCGAGGAUACAAGGACCAGGGUGACAUCAAAAACGGCCGUUACACGGCGCUGAAUCACGGAUCGAAGGCGGGCGAGGACGGGGUCGAGUACGUAGAAAUGGAGAAGAGAUCCAGGGAUCGUGCUUUAUCAAUCUGCCGGGAUUACAUCGAGAAAACGCCGCGUUUCGCCCUCAUCAAGCAGCUUAGUAACAUCGGAUCAAGAGUGGACAAGUACUGGUUCAUGGUAAGAGAUACUUCGCUGAAGACCGACAGGCUGCUGACUCUGGUACCGUUGAACAGGAACUGCCCGCUGAGCGUCUGUCCGUCCACCAAGGAUAUUCUGAACAACCUGUUUUUAGCCUUGCAACACCCCUACAUCUGUCCCGUGUUCACCGUCGAUUUUGUUGAGUACGAGGAUCAGACGUACAUAGUUCUGGUGCAGCCGAUCAACCAAGGCAGCCUCAAAGAUCUGAUAUAUAGCAUCGAGCGGAAUUGCUGGAACGAGGACUGGAGUCACAAGUACGCGUCGCGCGGCAAAGGGCUGACUCUGCCGCAAGUGCAACGAAUGGGACGUCAGAUAUUAGAGGCGCUGAUCUUCCUGAAGGAACGCGGAUUCCCCACGGUGACGCAUUUGCAUUCGGGCAACGUGGUGAUCCAGAACGGCGUCGCGAGGCUGGCCGGCCUGGAGAACACUCUUCUGGGCUUCACCAGUCGCAUACAUCCCAUCGUUACGUCCCGAUUAACGCAGUCCAGCUCGAUCGAUAUCAUAUGUUUCGGUCACAUGCUGUUCGAAAUGUGCGCCGGUUACGAAUUGUGCACCUUCAGGCCGUCCGCCACCCAAUUAUCGGACAUCGAGAUAUAUCCGCAGGUGAUAAGAUUUCUGGAACUGAUAUUCGCGGAAUCGGAUAAUCACUUCGCCAGCAUAGAGGAGUUGCUCAUCCAUGAUCUCUUCAGGAACAUCGACCUCCGCGAAAUGCGAUGCGCAGCCGUAACGGUAUUUCGUCCGACCCUAACACCCUCUAUAAUGAGUCUGCUCGACGGCAUUAAACGGCAAGAUGCUGGGAAAAGAAUCGCGAGCGUCGACAGCGCCGACAUGACGUCGCUGAGGAGCCUCGAGUACGACGACUCUCUACUCACGCAGAUAUACAACGAGCUUUCACAAACGGCUUUAUAAUGUGGGAACAAAGUUCUAUAUACAUAAAUUAUACGUAUACACUAUACACUAUAUAUUUUAUCUUGAGUAAGAAUGCACGUUCCUAUUGUACCUUGCAGUGUGCCAAGGAAUAAACGAUUGUCCCGUCGCUGAUUUUAUUAGCGUGUAUAAAAGCGCGCUCCUGCACGACGGAUGAAUUUGUACAAUGCGGCAACCACGAGCGGUCAAUUUCGCGCGCAUUUGCGUUUCACGCAAUCGACGAUCGCGCAGAGUUGUUCUCAAACGAUUCUCCCCGACAGCUUUUUAGCAAAUAAAUGCGAACCUGCCUCGCUAUCGCUAUCGCAAGAGAAAACAGUUUUGACGACAACGAGUUAAUAAUUAUGGAAAAAUGGCAA